AACUAUCUGUUUGGCAUGAGUGCACGCAUUGCCCAACAAUCCACAGACAACAGUACGAGCGAUAUCAAAGAUCCAGGCUUGCUUUGGUUCAUUGGCUUUCUCUUUGUUGUCAGCUUUCUCGGCCUCUUCUCUGUCGUGCCUCUUCGAAAGAUCAUGAUCAUAGACUUCAAAUUGACAUAUCCAAGUGGCACUGCAACUGCUCAUCUUAUCAACAGUUUCCACACUCCUCAAGGAGCCAAGCUAGCCAAGAAACAAGUAAAGGAGUUGGGAAAGUUCUUCUCCUUCAGUUUCUUGUGGGGUUUCUUUCAGUGGUUCUAUACUGCUGGAAGUGAUUGUGGAUUUGCAAGCUUCCCUACGCUCGGCCUCAAAGCAUAUCAGAACCAGUUCUUCUUUGAUUUCUCGGCCACAUAUGUUGGAGUAGGGAUGAUUUGCCCCUACAUUGUGAACAUAUCUGUUCUUCUUGGAGGUAUUCUGUCUUGGGGUUUAAUGUGGCCUCUCAUAGAAAACAGGAGUGGCGAUUGGUACAGCAAUGAACUCAGCCCAAAAAGCAUGAAUGGCCUUCAAGGUUACAAGGUCUUCAUUGCCAUUGCCAUGAUCCUCGGUGACGGGCUAUACAACUUCUUGAAGGUGCUAAGUCGAACCCUCAUCGCCUUGCAAUCCCAACUCCGAGCCAAAGAUGUGAACAACAUUCUCCCGAUUGAAGAUCAGGUCUCUCCAGCUGUGACCUCUGCUCUCUCAUAUGAUGACCAGCGCCGCACCCAACUCUUUCUCAAAGACCAAAUUCCAGCAUGGUUUGCUGUUGGAGGCUAUGUUGCCAUUGCUGCAGUCUCAAUUGCCACUGUCCCCCACAUAUUUCCCCAACUCAAAUGGUACUAUAUAUUGGUCAUCUACCUCUUUGCGCCCAGCUUGGCUUUCUGUAAUGCAUAUGGCUGUGGCCUCACUGAUUGGUCUCUGGCCUCCACUUACGGAAAGGUGGCCAUCUUCAUGAUCGGGGCAUGGGCCGGCUCUGCACAUGGUGGUGUUCUUGCUGGACUCGCAGCAUGCGGAGUUAUGAUGAACAUUGUCUCAACAGCCUCUGAUCUAACCCAAGAUUUCAAGACCGGCUAUCUAACCUUGGCUUCCCCCCGGUCAAUGUUUGUGAGCCAAGUCAUCGGUACAGCAAUGGGUUGUGUAAUUUCUCCCUGUGUGUUUUGGCUCUUCUACAAAGCCUUCACUGACCUCGGCACACCAAAAAGUGCCUAUCCUGCUCCCCUUGCUGUUGUGUAUCGUAACAUGGCUAUUCUCGGGGUGGAAGGCUUCAAAUCUCUCCCCAAGCACUGCCUCUUACUUUGCACCGUCUUCUUUGGCGCGGCCAUUCUCACAAACGUGAUCAAGGAUUGCAUUGGUAAUAAGAGGGCACGCUUCGUUCCACUACCAGUGGCAAUGGCAGUACCUUUCUAUUUGGGAUCGUAUUUUGCCAUUGACAUGUGCAUUGGGAGCUUGAUAGUGUUUCUGUGGGAAAGGGUGAACAAGGCCAAGGCAGAUGCUUUUGUGCCUGCAGUAGCUUCUGGUUUGAUCUGUGGCGAUGGGGUUUGGACUUUGCCUGCUUCAAUACUUUCUCUUGCCGGGGUUAAGCCACCAAUUUGCAUGAGGUUUUUGUCAAGGGCAGAAAACGAUAGAGUUACUACAUUCUUAACUGGUAAAGCCUAAGGCUGAUCAGCAUGAUUGAUAGCCUAGGUAUAUGAAUAAGUGCAAAGUCUUGGAAUUGGAAGGUUGCAUAUCUCUGUAAAAUAUCAAAUGCUGCUUUGGGGCAGACAAAGGCACUGCCAAAUAGCCUUACCAAACUAUGCGAUUACAUAAAAUUACAUUAAGUGUUUUGCUUGCUUAAAUUGAUAAUUAAUCUCUCGUAGUUGACUUA